GUCAAUUUAAUCUUUUUAUGGGAUUGGUAGAUUCAUAUGUAGGGGAAUGAAACCAGUUGAAAGUGAUGAGUAGGAAAAUAUAUAAAUAGGCUUAAAUCUAGUGAAUAUUUACCUUUUUUCUUUAAAAAAAGAGCGAAAACUUUGUGUUCGAAAGUUUAAAUCCACUUUGUAAUACUUUGUUUUCAAACUAUUAAACUAUUACACGAGAAGUUGACAAUAUAUCUAUCUAUCUAUCUAUAUCGGUGAUUCAAUUACAACACAGAUCACCAAGUGUUAAAUAGUCAGUUUAACCAAACAUCUUGCCAAAUUCAACUUUUUAAAAACAUCUAAUAAAAAAAAGGAUUAAAAUGGAAAGUUAUUCAGAAGAUGAAAGAAAUUUUCAAACUCCUGAAUAUCUAAAACCUAGAUUCAAUGGUUUAGAAGGAAAAUACAUUCAUUCUACACCAUUAUCUCAAUCUAAUCCUUAUUCAGUAUUUCAUCCAAUCUCAUUAGGUUUUACAGGAUAUAAAGAUAUAUUAACCAGUGAAAAAACAACACCACUUUAUAUUCCAUUAUCAGAUGAAGGAUAUUCAUCAGUUGGAUCUAGUUCAACACCAACUGAUUUCUCAAAUAAUUUACCUACAUCUGAAAUAAUAAAUCAAUAUAAAGAUUAUAGACCUAUUGAAUGUAUUCAUAAUUCUAUAAAUCAAAGAGAAAAAUUAGAAAUUGUUGCAUUAGAAUUAUUAAAUCAAGCUCGUCUAAUUACAAAUUAUUCAUGUAAUGGACAUUUACAUAAUAGAAAUAUUUUAAGAAUGAAUGAAGAGAAUAAUAAACCUCCAACAUCAUUAUCAUCAUCGUCAUCUUUUAAAGAAUAUAAUGAUAAUUAUCAUCCAUCAUCCCAAUCGAAUUUAAGAUUUGGACAUUAUAAUUAUCCAUUUAAUAUGAAUCAAACUAAUGAAUGUAUGAAUUUAAGUCAACAAUAUCAAAACAAUGAUCCAUUGAAUGGUUCCAGAUCAUUUGAAAAGAUUACUAAAAUUAUGAAUAAUAAUAAUAAUAAUGAUAAUAUAGAUACUAUUCAAUCAUCUAAUAAUCAUAAUCAAAUAUGUAAACAAAUUCUUAAACAAGUACGUCAAGAAAUGAUUCGACUUAUUGAUAAUAGUAUGCAUCAAUUAGAAACUUAUUUACAUAAUCAUCAUUUGAAUGAUUGGUAUUAUUCAUCAAUGAAAUCUAUACAAUCAAAUGAUAUACAAGAUUGUAAUAUGACACCGCUUAAUUUAAAAUUUACCAAAAAUAUAGAAUUGGAAAAUCUUCACAAUAAUAAUAAAUCUAACCAGAAUCAAUCAACUGAAGAACAGUUGGUUUCUACUGCUGUUAUUGUAUCAUCUGAACAAAAAUCGAUUGAUUCAAAGUGUACAAUCCCGAUAUCAACAGAAUCAUCCAAUUAUUCAACAAGAUCAAAACCAUUACGUUAUAAUCAUAAUAAAACACGUCGAUUAAGAAUUCAUCAAUUCAAUAGUCAAUUAUUUGUUGAUAGGAAUCAAAUAAAGAAGAUAAAUAGAUUAUCACCAAGUUGUAAUAAACGUCAGUUAAAUGAUGGUGUAGAAGAGCCUCAAAAUAAAAUUCCUCAUUUAAAUGAAUCAUUAGAUUUAAGAAUUUAUCAAAAUGAUCAUAAAGAUAAUAAUAAUAGUAAUAAAACGGAACAAAUCAUUUCAUUAGAUAAUCAUUCAAGUCAUUGUUCUCAAACACGUUUGAAAAGAUCAAUAAUUAAUAGCCAAACCAAAACAACAACAUUGAGUGCAGCUCAUCUAAAAAAAGCUAAAAUGAUGUUCAUGUAUUCUCGUUAUCCAACAUCAAGUCUACUGAAAUCAUAUUUUCCAGAAGUUUGUUUUAAUCGUGGAUCUACUGCACAAUUAGUAAAAUGGUUUAGUAAUUUCCGAGAGUUUUUUUACAUACAGAUUGAAAAAUUUGUUCGUCAACAAAAGGCAACUGGUUUAAAGAAAGCAGAUGAUAUUAGACUGUCACGUGAACAUGAAUUAAUACGUAGCAUGGAAACACAUUUUAAUAAAGGUGAUGAAAUUGAAACUCCGAAAGAAUUUCUUGAAGCUAUCCAAAUUACAGUAUGGGAAUUUGCUGAUACAAUUUUAAAUGAACGUGAUGUGAAUUCAUCAUGGAAAAAAACGAUAUAUAAAAAGAUUUCUAUAUUAGAUAUACAAUUUCCAGAAUUUUUUAGAUGUUAA